AAGUGCUCUCUCCGCUUGUCACCGGGACAAGGCGGUCGCGUGAUCGUGAGGUGUCAGUGUAUUUCCGGCGAAUGGCCGGCGUGAAUCGCGAUGUCCGCCUCUCUCCCUCGUUCUCCCUGUCUCGCGCCUUCAGGCAUCCGCGAAAUCGAGAUCGGGAUCGACUGCUCUUCCGCGCGAGCGACGGCGCGCCCUUUUAUCAAUCGCCCGGUACUCCCGAUUGUGUUCUCCCGCUGAUCGCAGCUCGACGAGGCACGGGGACGAGGACAAAGGGACGUACGUGGGACCAUGCGCGGUUCGGCGAGCGUGAGAAGCCUCUAACAAUAAGUCGGCGGACCCUUAUGGACUCGGACAUGGUGUUCCGUCGCAGCUCGCGCGUAUUAUAUGAGUUCGCCGAUAGAAUUCCUAGAGCGCUCGGCGAGAUGUCGUGUACGAUAACGGCUUAAAAAUACCCGCGAUAUGGAAUCUAAAUAGUUUUAAAACUAAUACGUUACGCCUCCGAUAAACACGGCUCGAUUAUAAUUACUGUAAUCUCCAAUGAUCUUCCGCGUCUCUCGAGAUAACGGCAAAUUACCGUUGACAUUACAUAAAUGCGUUAUUUACGAGAAGUGCGAAGAGUAAGUGACUCGGAAGCGACUGGCAGGUGUCUGUUCGGUGAGAUUUUAUUUUCGACGGACCCCUUUGAAGUUUAUUCAAUCUGAAACAUAGUGUUGCCAGUUUUUAUCCGUAUUUUCGAAAUGCAUUCCUGCGGUUUCAAAGAGAACGAGAAGGUAAAUCAUCUUGCAAAAUAGAUUCCCAGCAAUCCUAUCAAGCUCACUUCCUUGCUCCAAUCUGCAUUGUUCGUAAUUCUAUCGCGAUAGAACGGACCGUGCGAGAUGAAGCAACGCGGCCUAAUGCAUUCGCGUAAUUCGUCAAGAAGAUAAUCGGCGAAGCGAUACCUCUCCGCUGAACCAGAAGCAAGCGGCAAGUGAAACAGCUGCCGAUACGGUCGGACAAACCGGUAGAAACUCGGGAGUGCGAGGUGAAACGAAUCGGGUCGGCGUGAAUGAAUCGCAAGGACCGCGUUCGCGAAAUAGCGGUCUCGUGAAUCAGGAUCUGGCACAUGGUGGGCAACUUCUCGCGAUGAUAAAGAUAUUUGUCGAGUGAUCGUGAACGUCGCGGUGACGUCGGGACGGCGAUGCUUCGCGAUCUUCCGCUUGGCGCAACAUGGGUUCCCUCGGGAUCGUCAUGCUAACGAUCCUAUGGCUGAUGUGUCGGACAGAGGGUCACGACGAGGUCUCGUGCCGCGAGGUGCAAAUGCUGCCUCGCGACUGCGAGGCGCUGUGUAGCACGGACCGCAACGGCAAUGUCUCCUGCGAGCUGAGGGUGGCCGUUCUCCUGCCGGCGGAUCCGAGAUACGAUAUUUCUCUGCCCAAGGUCCUCCCGGUCCUCGAUUUGGCGGUGUACAAAGCGAGAGCGCGAAAUCUCCUGCCGGAAUGGCUGGAACUCAAGUUCCUGUCGCAAGACGAUCAUUGCGAUGCGAUGUACGCUCAAUUCCGCGCGAUUGAUAGCUACUCGCGUUGUGUGCACUUGUUUCUCGGGCCGGCAUGCGAUUAUUGCGUCGCGGGCGUCGGCAGAAUGGUGAAGUUUCUUGGCGCACCGUUAAUUACCACAGGAGGCUUUACUUUCGAUUUCACCGAAAAAAAAGUCGAGUGCAAAGAUGAAUUCUACAUGACUACAAGAAUCGGAAGUUUGGCCUUCAGGGACAUCGCCCAAUUUUUUGUGGCUAUAAUGGAUCGUUACGAGUGGCGUAAGGUACAUCUCGUUUAUGCGACGAACGGGCAGAGUCAGUUCGGUGGUAGACAUACGUGUCAGCUUAUGAUGAAGACAAUGGUUGAAUUUAUCAAGAAGGUGCACAUUACUUAUGGCACCUUCGACGUCGAAGCUACGACUCCUAGCGAUUAUCCAGAGGCCCUGAGAGAUCACGUUAGCAAUUCGUACGGUGAUGCCUUUCUGGGUCCCGUAUGCGAAUACGUGAUCGCGCCCGUGGCCAGGUACGCGGGUGUAUGGAAGAUACCCGUGCUCACGACUGGCGCGCAGGCGGACGCGUUUCGUCACAAGGCCAGGAGUUAUCCGACGUUAACCAGGAUGAUGGGCUCCCACAUGUCGAUGAGCGUGGCGCUCAAACAUAUCCUGUGGCAAAUGAAAUGGAAAGUCUGCGGGCUGCUGUUUCACGAUCACGAGAUAGCCAGCAGUAAGGGCCAUUCCGAGUGCCAUUUCACGCUGAGCGCCGUGUACGCGGCGUUCAAUCUCACGCCGAUUGUGAAGAGCUUCAACGAGAUGACGGCCACCGCCGAGAAUUACAAGAACUUGCUCCUCUACGUCUCGAAAUCCGCACGGAUCGUGGUGAUGUGCGCUAAUUCAACGACCAUCCGGGAACUAUUGCUGGCUGCCGAGGAGCUCGGGAUGGUGGACUCGGGGGAAUACGUCUUCUUCUCCAUAGAGCUCUCCCCCAGCGACAAUGAUUCCGAAGAACCAUGGAGAGUCGAGAGCGACACCGACGAGAGGAACGAGAAGGCUCGAAAGGCUUAUCAGGUCUUGUUAACGUUGACUGCGCGCACCCCGGACAAUUUGGAGUACGUGAAUUUUUCGCGCGAAGUUCAAUCCUUGGCUCAGAGCAAAUACAACUUCACCUUCAAGAAGAACUUGGUCUCUACCUUCGUAAGCUCGUUUUACGACGCCGUGCUGCUUUACGCCUUCGCUGUUAAAGAGAGUCUGCCGGAGAAACCGGGUGAGGUCAACCUAGACGGCGGUAAUUUGACUCGCAGAAUGUGGGGAAAGAGUUUCAAGGGAAUAACCGGCGAUGUAAAAAUCGAUGAGAACGGCGACAGAAUUGCGGAUUAUUCCCUGCUGGACAUGAAUCCGGAAACAUCUAGAUUCGAGAUUGUGGCCAAUUAUUACGGUGCGAAUAAAACACUGGAAUAUAUCCCCGGGAAGAAAAUUCACUGGGCCGGUGGUCGUUUAGAACCACCCCCGGAUACGCCUACCUGCGGAUUCGAUGGAAUGUUAUGCCCCGAUAAUUCUCUCCCAGGAUAUGCUAUUCUCUCCAUGGUAUUGAGCUCCAUCGUGGUCGUUCUCGUCGUAGGUUCAGUAUUUAUUUAUCGGCGCUUCAAACUGGAAGCGGAAAUUGCCUCCAUGACGUGGAAAGUGCAUUGGGAGGACGUAAUCGUGAAGCCUAACCCGAAGACAAGGGGCUCCUUGUACUCCCUAGUCGCGAAUAAGUUUGGCGGUAGUCGAAUGACGGUUUAUUCUGAGGAUAACGCAAGUCUGCUAGAUGGUGUUAAUAGAAAUGAGUAUGUUCCGACAGGAUUUUAUAAGAAUUCGAAAGUCGUUAUAAAACUGAUACCGAAGAACAAAGUGGAGAUCUCAAGACCUUUAUUAUUGGAACUAAAGCGGAUGAAGGAUCUUCAGCACGAUCAUCUUGUACGAUUUUUCGGUGCUUGUCUCGAGCCGCCGCAUUGUUGUCUCCUAACCGAAUACUGCCCCAAAGGAUCUCUCCAGGAUAUACUGGAGAACGAGCAGAUAAAGCUCGAUCGAGUGUUCAGAGGCUCCCUGAUACACGAUAUCGUGCGCGGCAUGGCCUAUCUCCAUGCGUCGGAAGUGAAGAGUCACGGUAAUCUCAAGUCUUCGAACUGCGUCGUCGACUCGCGAUUCGUCUUAAAAAUCGCCGACUUCGGCUUGCACGAGCUGAGAAAGAGCGGGGAUACGGAUGAAGAUAGCGACAAGAACAGCUACGCCUAUUGGAGGAAACAGCUGUGGACAGCUUCGGAGUUACUGAGGAUGGAGAGACGACCGCCCGAGGGCACUCAGAAAGGCGACGUAUACAGCUUCGCUAUAAUCGUUCACGAGAUCGUGGUGCGCCAAGGGCCAUUCUACUUGGGGGACAAUAACGAACUCUCUCCAAAGGAAAUAGUAGAAAGUGUCAGAAGAGGUGGCGGCUCACCCUUAAGGCCUGUAGUCGACGAAACCGUUGAAGAGGAGGUAGCUACUCUAAUGAGACGAUGCUGGGCGCAAGAUUCCGCAGACCGACCGGAUUUCCCCGCGCUGAAGCAGACGAUUCGUAAAAUUAAUAAAGACUACGAGAGCAGCAAUAUCCUGGACAAUUUACUAUCCCGCAUGGAGCAGUACGCCACGAAUUUAGAAACCCUGGUGGAGGAACGCACAGCUGACUACCUCGAGGAGAAACGUAAAUGCGAAGAACUUCUCUACCAGUUACUACCAAAAUCGGUGGCGUCGCAGUUGAUCCUCGGGCAAAGCGUAAUCGCCGAGACGUACGAUCAAGUGACUAUUUACUUCAGCGACAUCGUGGGCUUCACGAGCCUGUCGGCCGAGAGCACGCCUCUGCAGGUGGUCGAUCUGCUGAACGACCUCUACACGUGUUUCGACUCCAUUAUCGAGAACUUCGACGUUUACAAGGUGGAAACGAUAGGGGAUGCUUACAUGGUCGUAUCGGGAUUGCCGGUGAGAAACGGUAUGAACCACGCUAGAGAAAUUGCGAGGAUGAGUUUAGCCCUCAGGGAUACGGUAAUGACAUUCAGUAUUCGCCAUAGACCGCACGAGCAAUUAAAACUUCGCAUCGGCAUGCAUUCUGGACCGUGCGUGGCCGGCGUGGUGGGUCUUAAGAUGCCUAGAUACUGCCUGUUCGGCGAUACGGUCAACACGGCGUCCAGGAUGGAGAGUAACGGAGAAGCUUUGAAGAUCCAUGUCAGCCCAAAGACGAAGGAAAUCCUGGAUACCUUUAGUACAUUCGAGCUUGUCUGCAGGGGAGAAGUCGUAUUAAAGGGCAAAGGUCCGAUGACAACCUAUUGGCUGAUGGGCGAGAAACCGACCAACAACAAUGUGCAACAGGCAAAUCCCACGACGACGAUCGGCCAGAUAUCGAUUCUUCAGGAUCAACCCGCCGUCACCACGCAAAUUCAGAUGACGCAGCCGAAGCAGCAGGAGCAGCGGGCGCUCUCGUCCGUCGGCCAACAGCACAAAUUUCAGGGUCAGUCGGAGCAGCCGUAUCCGAGCCAGCAAUCGAUUCAGUCGAGGAGUCAGGAGCCGCGGCAGCAGGGACAUCCGGGUCAGCAGAGACCGCAGGAAUCGCAGCACCAGGGUUUAAUGGCCGGCCAACCGCGGUGCCAAGCGGCCCCGGCCAAUCCAACGUCGGCCACCAGCCAGCCUCAGGGUCAGAGAUCCACGACUGUUAAUCCCGCCUGCGGUCUCGCCGGCGUGACCGGAAACGGCGCGCCCAAAUCGGUGGUCGCGUCGCGCACCGUCGUCGUCGCGACGCCGAUCGGCAACUCCUCGCCGUCCCGCAGUCGCGCGAGCGGCCCACCGAGUGCGAACAAUUCCGUGCACCAGGUGUACCCGACGGCCGAGAGUAUGCCCAAUCAUACCGAGAGUGGUCCCAACGCGCCACUCCUGCUACCCGCCGGUGCGGUCCCCAGAGUUUAGCUCUCUUAAAGGCCGUCUUCCCGGUGACGUGGUCCACCUUGCCGUUUAUCGGACUCCGCGAUAUCCUCCGAAGGGCAUCGCGGAACAGCCGAGCCGAUCGAUCUGCUCGGCUUCGCUGGGGAAAGCGAUUGCGCUCGAAGCUGCGGGAAUGUCGAGGGACGCGGAGGACGGAAGCGUAUAGGAGUUUUGUCCGGCAUCCCGGUCCACCGAAGCUCUGAGAAUUGCUCGUUCCGGGAGUAAUCGAAGUGAUUUGUGAACAUAUCGUGGCGACAAUUGUCUUCUAUCGGACGAAGGUGCUCCUCUUGGAUUAACUAACGUUAGUUUUCGCGGCGACGUUUCGUGAUUUCUAGAAAGUGUCUGUUAAAUUAGGAUUCUAGGUAAUUAACUAGUGGGAGGUUCGCUUUUGGUACCGUAAAUCCUGACUGUUACUCGCAUCGCGAUAGAUAUAGCCGACGAGGCGGGACCGACUGCAAGUGAUCUCUUCCUACAAGGUAUUAUGGAACCAACGUUUACCGAUUAACGCAAUUUAGAAUAAAUACGAGUGCGUAUGAGCUGAUCGCGCGAUAAGGACGGACAAUGGGGAUCGUCGGAUCGGACGAUCCGAAUCCAGAAGCGGAGAGGCAGGGGCAAUUAAUUAUUCAGAGAUACACGACCGGCGACGUACUAUUGCCGUACUUGUAGUCUUCUGUACAUGGACGCAGUAUUAUAUCGGUCGUGUGUGUGUGUGCAUUUUAUUUAUUCAAAGUGAGAACAUUCGCGUUUCCAAUUUUACGCGCGUACGUCUCCGAUGCGAUUCGUUUGCGAAGGUGCACGCAAGAUGCAACGGGCUUACAAUUAGUUUAGCAACCGAGUUUCUCAGAUUAGCAGCAUCCGACACCUGGAUUCCCGCCGAGCCUUACACGCUGAAAUGAAUCGAGACCCGAUCGCGAACGCAAGCGAAUUUGUGAGGAUCGUAGGGUCCAUUUUAUCAAAAGAAGAAGAAAAUGAUCGUGAUCGAUCGAGUCGCCUCUCUAUUUUGCUAUCACAAUCGUUAAGAAUAGAAGAGAGAGAUAGAUAAGAGUCGACGUUUAUCGAGAUUGGGACGUAAAAUUCGUACGUCGUAGAGCGAGAAAUUUUCUCCGACCAAAGCGCGCUACAUUCUAUGGAAACAUUUGCGUAAGCCUCCUUCAAUACGUUUUUAUUUACUGUAAGAUAUUUUUCGCGCCCUUCCGAACUCGUCUGCGGACCGCGGAUCGCGAGCAAGCAUCGCGAAAGACAUAGCUACAUGUGUUUAACGUUGCAUGCCCGACAUGACAAAUAUGGCCGUUCGCAACGCGUCGCGAGACCCACGUAACGCAGAAUUCCAUACCUACACGUGUAAGGAUGUUAUAUAUAAAUAUACAAAAGAGAAAAAGAUAUAUAUAUGUAUACGCAAGUAUCACGUAUAUGUUUACGAGAUUAGAUUAUAUAUAUAUGUAUAUGGCUGCAACAAAGCAAAAGUUACCGUAGCUAACGUUAAUGUUUAGGCAGCGAUGCCGGCACGCGGAUGCGGUCGGCGCGAAAAUCGAACGGCAGCGGAGACGCACGCAAAGAGGAGGCACUGUGCGCGUUUCCGUGCCGUCCGACUUUCCACGUCGGUCGCGUCCGUGUUCGGGCAUUAGGGAGUUUAGGGCCAUUCGUGGCGAACGGAGGCUGGGCCUCUCGCGAAACGAGUCUGUGGCGUGUCUGAGAAACAAUGCCGAUUGCGGGUGCAUAUGUCUGUGAAUGCGCGCACGAGACGCGCACACAUGCGCGUAUACAUACACAAAACACACACACAUGCACGGGUAUGUGCACUUGCGGUCGCAAUUGCAUAUCAGUGUUUAAUGUAUGGACGAACGAUGCAGGAGGCCGAUGAUACUCUGCGGUCGCCCUGCCGUAAACGCACGGAGAAAAACAUUUAGCUGCUGUAGCUAAAACUUAGUUAAUAUAGUGACAGCUAAUA